UUUAACAGUCCUCACAAUGAACUGAAACUACUCACUAUAUGCAACGACUAGUUAUGAGGUGACGCCUGAGACCACAUAACUCUCCUCUGUUAUGUGUUGUGCAACACUGGGAUGGAUUUAUGAAACGCAGCUCAACACGGAAAUGAUGGCUUAAUUUUACAAACGUGUGAAAGCCCUCAUCUCAUGUGACAUUUGUUCCCUCAAAGCACAUGUUCUUAGAGGCAGAUAAAAUCUUGCAACAAAAAGCUCUGUUUUUGGAGGGGAAAGAGGAAGAGAUGCGACCUAAUGAGCUCCUUUUUGCUGUAAUCCAUCUUUCAGCAUUUGUCUGUAGUCACGUAUUUGUGGAACAGCAGCCAACCACUGUCCAUGUCACUGAGGGAGAAAAUGUUACCCUGUCCUGUCAUAUCCAUGCAGAUGAAGAAGGGAAAAUUUCUAAAUUCCGUGUACAGUGGUACAGGGAGGGUGCUGAUGGACAACUCCACGAGGUCGUAACCCUUUCCCAGUUCAGAGGAAGGUUGCGUGAGAAUGCUAAUAGCAGUCAGCAAAGUGCAAGCCUUUCACUCUUCAUGCUCGAGCUAAAUGACACCAGCAAGUACUUCUGCAAUUUCAUCUACCGGAUUGAUCAAAAAAUACUGCAGCAUUAUGCAAAUGGCACAAUCCUCAUUGUUCAAGAGCCGGUGACUACAGACACAACCAUCCUCAGUACCACAGAUAAUACUGUUAAUAAAACUGAUGCUGAUACUGAGAACACCACCACAGAAAAUACCCUUCUCACAUUCCUUAUUGCUCUUCCAUUAUCAUUAAAGUUUGUGGCAACGGUUUUUAUCGGCUUGUAUACUUUGUUUUCCUAUACAUCGAUUGUUAUUUCUUGUACUGGUUUACAUAUAAACGUAAGGUGACAUCUUUCUAAACGGCUCUGUAUGUACAACUCCUGUUUUUCAUCCAACAUAAGCGAAUCUUAUGACUCAUAAACACCCACAGAUCAUUACCAUACAUCAAAAGGUCGUUCUGCGCAUAAAUAUUAUACAGAUGGCAAUCCUUGAUGUGUAUUCUGACUUGCGGUUUCUCACACAUGUUCUCAAUCAUGAAAAAAGGUGUCAAAUAUCUGUCGAUGCUGCAAAUAUUUUUUCCUCCCAGGACAUCAUUGACAGUGUGAACACAUGUCAUGAUGAAGAUGUUAAGGACAUGACAGAUGGAAUGCCCUUUACUUCAUAAAUGUUUGAGUCUGUUAUACAAUUUUAAAUGCUGUGCUGAUUCUGGCAGUGUUUCUACUGAGAUAUACUGUACUGAUCUAGUGUUUUUAUCUGAGAUUAUUGAUACUGACAAUAAAACAAUUGAUUUUUUAA